AUGGGCAGUGACCAUCUUUUUAAGCUCUUGCUAAUAGGGGAUUCUGGUGUUGGGAAAUCUUGUCUCCUUUUAAGGUUUGCUGAUGAUUCAUAUCUUGAAAGUUACAUUAGUACCAUUGGUGUGGACUUUAAAAUUCACACUGUAGAACAGGAUGGAAAAACUAUUAAACUCCAAAUAGUAAGUACUGCUGGACAAGAACGUUUUAGAACAAUUACUAGCAGCUACUACCGUGGGGCACAUGGUAUCAUUGUGGUUUAUGACGUGACUGAUCAAGAAAGCUUCAACAAUGUUAAGCAAUGGUUGAAUGAAAUAGAUCGAUAUGCUAGUGACAAUGUUAACAAGCUUCUUGUUGGAAAGAAGUGCGAUCUCAUGGAACAGAAAGUUGUGUCAUCCGAGACAGCUAAAGCAUUUGCAGAUGAACUUGGGAUUCCUUUCAUGGAAGCAAGUGCAAAAGAUGCCACUAAUGUUGAGGAAGCUUUCAUGGCUAUGGCUGCUGCAAUCAAGAACAGGAUGGCAAGUCAACCAGGCAUGGACACCACCCGACCUCCAACUGUGCAGAUCAAAGGACAACCCGUUAACCAGAAUUCUGGUUGCUGCUCUUCCUAA